AUGGCGAUAGCCAAGACGCAAGCAGAAAUGGUUAAGUUGCGAGAGGCGGCGAUCGCCAAAACGCAGCUGGAAAUGGCUAAGUCUGGGCUUUCCAUGAAAAGCAAUUUUGAGCGUUGGAAGACAUUGUCCAAAGGCGGCGACGGGGGUCGCGCCAACCUUCACAAGGCUGUGAUUCAGUACCUCGAGGAGAAGGGCUGCUCCAGUGAGCGGAAACCGGACACUGUCAAGGCGAAGAUCCUCUUGUUGAAAAAGAGUUACACUGAGGCCUUGCGGUUCAAGAACAGCACUGGGGCUGGACAGCUUGAUGGGGAGGAGCGGGACAGCGGCGUCCUCAAGAUGUGCCAGUACUUCGACGACCUAAACGAAGUGCUAUUCCACCAAGCGGCUUCCAUGCCGAAGAACGGCGCUGAUACCCUCAGCAUGGGCGACGCGAACCCUUCUUCUGUUCAACUCGACCUCAUCAUGCGAAACAUCAUUGGGAGGAAUGAUGAAGCUGAGGGCACCAAGGAAGAGGAUGACAAGGACGAGGAUGACGAGGACGAGGAGGACAAGGAUGACGGGGACAAGGAGGACAAGGAUGACGGGGAGGAGGAUAACAAUGAUGAUGACAAUGGGGAUUGA